AUGAAUAUGACCGUUGAAGGUCUAACGUCUAGUUCAGAGUCUUCCAUCAGUUGCUUGACAAGUGGCCUUCAACCAUUGGCUGAAUUCCUAACAUUCAAAGAUCUCGGGCGCGACCUGAGUUGCUCAUUUCCUUACUUAAUUGCGAGCUUAUCGAUCUAUGGCUACCGAAAACUUCGUUCAUACACUCGUCCUUUCUUUGAUGGUACGGAUUUUCCUAAUUGGAAGUUUUGUAUGGAAAACUAUCUUGACAUGGAUGGUGUUAAUCUUUGGGAUAUUGUGCUAAGUGGCUACAAGGCUCCAACAAAGGAACAAGAUGGUAUAGAAGUGCCUUGGCCAAGAAAUGAAUGGACAAGAGAGCAAACUCUAGCAAAUGGCUUCAACCGGAAGGCUAUUUGUGUGAUCAUAUCUUCUUUGUGCAAGGAGGAGCAAUAUAGAGUUCAACAUUGCACAAUUGCUAAGGAGAUGUGGAAGAUUCUUGGCAACUAUCAUGAAGGUACAAUUCAAGUUCAAAACAAGAAGGUGGAGCUUCUCAUUAGUGAAUAUGAGAGUUUCAAGAACAAGCCUAAUGAGACUAUUACCGAGAUUACCAACCGUCUUCUCUCCAUCACUACCAAUCUCAAGAAACUCGGUAAGCACUAUACUCUUGGUGAGAUCAAUGGCAAAAUUCUUCGUUCAUUGGAUAUCCUAGAUUGGCAUCCGAAGAUAACUGCUAUUGAGGAGUCAAGUAAUAUUAAAAACUUGAGAACCGAUGAGCUCAUCGGAAACUUGUUUUUUCAUGAGAUGACUUACAUAAAGGAAAUCAAUAAUCUCAAGAAGGCUCAAGAUGAGAAGAACAAGGGAAUUGCUUUGAAAGCUAAGGCAAUUGAAAGCAAGGUUGAGAAGGAGCUCAACAUGAGUGAUGAUGAAGAUGAUGAAGAUAUCGUUUUGAUGGCAAAGAGAGUGAGGGAGUGGAAGCUAAGAAAGAAAGACCAAUUCAAAAAAUAUGAGCAAAAAGGUGAUUCUUCUAACUUCAAGAAGCCUUUCACUCCUAAGAAUGAGUCUUCUAAUCCCUCUCCUAGAAGAGAUGUUACUUGCUAUGGAUGUGAAAAGAAGGGUCUAGCGGCUACUUGGGAUGAUGAAGUGGAGGAUUCCGAUAAUGAAUGUCAAGAAGAAGAUAGAGCAAAUCUUUGCUUCAUGGCAUUUGAGGAGGAAUCUACUCCUAAGGUGCCAAAGAAGACCGUCUCCCAUAAAACCUUAUGGUAUGUUGAUAGCGGUUGCUCUAGGCACAUGACGGGCCAAAUCUCCAAUUUUGCUAACUUGAAGAGCAUAGAUGGAGGAAGCGUCACUUUUGGAGAUGAUGCUAAAGGCUAA